GCGCUGCGCCGGAAUUUCAUACGCUUCUCAAUUUUUGGAAUUGAUAGGAUGGCAGCUCUCCUUUCUGCUGAACUCAGGCGCCUGUCCUGGCAGAGGCUGCAUCUGGCCUCUGCUUUUUAUUCCUACUCAAUUGCUAGAUUAUCCUCUUUCGAACAUUCGAAGGAGGCUGUAUCUGCCUUUUCUUCCUUAACUCUAAUCAUUAUAAAGUCGACUGAGUUGGUCCUUGAACUGGAGUCUUUCAAUCCAGAUCUCAACCACCGCGGCUUUUGAUAACUCUGCUACACGCUUUAUAUUCCAAGAUACUUGUUUAUUGUUUAAUUGACCACUUCCUUUGGGCUCGGCGUCUGCUCUUUACUAUACCAUCCACAAGUCCAACACCAUCACCAUGUUCAUUGAACGCCGCCGAAGCACAGGUGAUGGCUACCAGAAGAGGGUGCUGUUCAGUCCCAAGGGAUUCACACAGCACCUAUGCGAGGACAUGGCCGCACAUGGAUUCUUUGCGGAAGAGGAAUUGAGUGAUAUGGACGACGCUGUCAAUCUUACAGGCUGUCCCCGGGACUCUAUAAGGGCGUCUCAGUCCUCCCGAGUCCGCAUCCGCAUCUCCGUCAGCCCACAAGGAAAAGGCCAUCGUCGGUCCUCCAGCAUUCAACGAGACAUUGAAUACGAUGAACCGCGGAGCACUACGUUUUCCCUGACCAACAACAGCUCGAUAGCUGGCCUCCGCAGGAAACGGUCUCCUUCUCCUACCCCUUCAAUGACAUCAACCUCAUCUACCGAGGAGAUCACUCGUCCCUCCAGGAAGAAGGCCACUAUCAUGAAGCCGCUGAAUAAGUUCAAGGAGGUCGUGCCGGUUGUACAUAUCCCGGAAUUCAAGGAACUACCCGUCAAAUCGAGACGCUUCAGAGAAGUGUCCCCCUCUGCCUGCCGCAGGGGUGAUCCCGUCGUCAUCACUCCAAGAGUCAAGCCAACAGUGCCCAGGAAUACGACGUCUGAAGCAACCAAGGGCAAUGCUACGUCCUCACCCAAAGCUGGGAAGAAGAAGGUCCGUUUCGUGCUGGGUGAUGAUGACGGGAGACGAGAGAGUCCUCCUGUGCACGGUGUAGCCAAGCGUCUUUCUUGA